CCUGAGAAGGCCUGUGCUUGCUCUCACACGGAGAGCAGGUGGCCUGUGUUCUCUGAGCGCUCAGAUCCUCUUGCAUUUGUCUUGAGCUUCACAGACCUGCCUUAUUCUUUGAAGGACUCAGGUACCACCCAGGGCAAUGUUCUCUCUGUUGUCUGCACAGCGGAGUUACCCAAACCCAGCAUCACAAGCAACAACUCCGACCCCGUGGAGAAUGUGGAUUCUGUUGUAAUAACGUGUGGACCUCAAACUCAGAGCACAGGCUACCUGUGGUCAGUAAACAAUGAUAGCCUCCCGGCCAGCGCCAGGCUGGAGCUGUCCCUGGACAACAGGACUCUCACUAUACACGGUGUCACAAGGAAUGACACAGGACCCUAUGAGUGUGAAACUCGGAACCCAGUGAGUGCCGGUCAUAGUGACCCAUUCACCCUGAAUGUUCUCUAUGGCCCGGACGCCCCCACCAUUUCCCCCUCAGACUCCUGUUACCAUCCAGGGGCCAACCUCAGUCUCUCCUGCCACGUAGCCUCUAACCCACCCGCACAGUAUUCUUGGUUUAUCAAUGGGAGGCCCCAGCCAUUCACACAGGAGCUCUUUAUCCCCAACAUCACUGCGAAUGAUAGUGGAUCCUAUGCCUGCCUCGCCUAUAACUCUGGCACUCGCCUCAAUAAGACCACAGUCAAGACUAUCACAGUCUCUGAGCCAGUGGCCCAGCCCACUGUCCAUGCCAGCAACACCACAGUCACAGGAAAUAAGGACUCUGUGGUCCUGACCUGCUCCACAAAUAACACUGGAGUCUCCAUCGGGUGGCUCUUCAAUAACGAGAGUCUAAAGCUCACGGAGAGGAUGAAGCUGUCCCAGGACAACAGCACCCUCACCAUAGACCCUGUCAGGAAGGAAGAUGCCGGGACUUACCAGUGUGAGGUCUCCGACCCAGGCAGUUCCAGUAAAAGUGACCCUGUCAGACUGGCUGUGGAAGAUGAUAGAACGCAACCAAAUUCUGGCCUCCCACCUGGGGCUAUUGCGGGCAUUGUGACUGGAGUCCUGGCUGGGGUUGCUGUGAUAGCAGCCCUGGUGUACUUUCUGUUUAUCAGGAAGACUGGCGGGGCAAGUGACCUGCGUGAUGUCACAGAGCACAAACCCUCAGCCUCCAACCACAGUAAGGACCAUUCUGACAAUUUGUCUAACAAGAUUGAAGAAGUUGCAUAUUCUUCCCUGAACUUCAAUGCCCAGGAAUCAACGAAAUCAACUUCGGCCUCCCCAUCCCCAGCAGCCACAGAAACGGUGUAUACAGAAGUACGAAAGAUGUAACGCAACCUGUCCUGCUCACUGUGCUCUUCCCAAGCUUCUCGUCCCCAUCACUAUGAGAUCCCUUUACCCUCAGGGAAAAGGGGAAGAAGCCUCUUUCCCCACCUCACUCCCUAAUGAGGCGCCUCCGGGCUGCCUGGUCACAGCCCCUCCCUUCAGUGUCAAUAGAUGAAAAGGUACAUCCGGGAUUCUAGGAAACCCAACCCUCCUUGUCAUUGAAAUUUGGCAAAGCGGACCUUGGGAAGUGGCCACAACCUCUGCCCCUCGGCCUUCCCUUGUUUUAAACGUACCUAUUCCUUCCUGCCCCAGUCCUGCCCUACUGGAGUCUAACUUGAAUUUACCAUAACCUUGAGCGUCCUCUCCUGAUCCACUGAAAUGCACGUGCCAGAAAAGAAAAGAGAGAAGAAGUAAAAGUAAAAACUUCUCUCUCUCCAAAGCCCCGUUGUGAACCCCACCCUGCACAGGAAGACAAAUAGGCUGAAUGGGGAUGCUGAACCAAAUUCCACACCUUUGUCCACUGUCAGAGUUGUCUACCAGGGCCUAAACACCUUGCUGCGUAACUAGAAAGCCACCUAAGCCAUUUGACAAGCCUGUCUUCAGAGAACCCACUAGAAGCAGUUAGGAAAAUUAUUCGCUGAGGUCUACAGGUGAUUCCUAAAGGAAAAUGCAAAAAAAAAAAAA